GGUAUCGUUUCUCUGAGAAACAAUACGAAAAAUAAAAAUAAAAUUUUAAAUAUAAAGACAACUAAUUCUAGAUUAUUUGACAAAUCAUACAAAGAUGUCAGUAAAUUAAAAUAUAAUAAGAACAUACAUUUCGAACACCAUGGUUCGUUUCCUGUCUGAGGAUAAAUUGAAAGGGUUCGAGAAAUACAAAUACAACUCAGUGGACACCAGUGUACUCAGCAAUUAUGUUAUGCACCCUUUUUGGAAUUGGUGCGUCCAAUUUUGUCCUGUGUGGGUAGCACCGAACUUGCUAACGUUUAUGGGCUUCCUCCUCACGGUCCUUAAUUUCUUGCUUUUCUCAUAUUAUGAUUAUGGAUUCUACGCUUUGACUGGAGAUAAUGCUACCAAAGGCAGGAUACCACCUUGGGUGUGGGCCGCGUCUGCUGUGAAUCUCUUUGUUGCAUAUACUUUAGAUGGUAUCGACGGGAAACAAGCGCGUCGCACCGGUACAAGCGGUCCUUUGGGCGAACUUUUCGACCACGGACUUGAUUCCUACUCCGCAGUCCUCAUACCGACAUGUCUUUACAGUAUAUUCGGAAGGGACGAGGUCAGCCCGCUGAGGUUCUUCUUCGUGAUAUGGAAUAUCUUCAUCAACUUCUAUUUGACGCACUGGGAGAAGUACAACACCGGCGUCAUGUUCUUGCCUUGGGGAUACGAUUUCACUAUGCUCGGUUCGUGUGUACUGCUGCUGGUGACGUCGGCGACAGGGCCGGAGGCGUGGCACGUGCCGCUGCCCGGUGGCCUCACGCCCGGCAUCGUGUUCGAGUUCGUGCUGUACUUCUCCGCAAUUAUCACCAGCCAAACGGUCAUACUCUGGAAUAUCUACAAAUCGUACCGCGACGGAACCGGCAAGAUGCGUUCGUUUACCGAAGCGAUACGUCCUCUGGUACCUCUGGUCGCGUUCUUGGCGCUGAGCACGGCCUGGGCGGUCUACUCGCCGAACAACAUCAUCGAACUCGGGCCCAGACUGUUCUACGUGCUCACCGGGACUAUAUUCUCCAAUAUCAAUUGUCGCCUAAUCGUGUCUCAGAUGAGUGACACUCGUUGUGAGGCGCUGAACGAGCUGUUGGUUCCGUACGCGGCGGUGGUGGCGGUGGCGCUGUGCCGGCCCGUGUCCGCCUCCACCGAGCUCAUGAUGCUGGCCGGGCUGUGUGUCGCCAGCUCCCUCGCACACAUAUACUAUGGCACUAAAGUGGUGCAAGAAAUGUGCGAACAUUUCAAAAUCGAAUGUUUCCAUAUCAAGCCAAAGAUAAAGUAACUAUGUUAUUCCAUUAGUUUUUAAUCUAUUGAUCUGAUCAACAUAUUAUACCUCUAUAAAAUUGUGUGGUUGUAUGUGUAUUUAAUGUUACAUAGUUAAUGUAGUGGUAGUGUCACUUGUGAUGGUAAACGUUUAGAAAUUUGAAAUUUUGUAGGUGAAUGUGCAAGUCUUUUAGAUAUUACUAUUGUUAUGUGAUAUACGGACUCAUAGUUAAAUUUAUAAUAAUGAAUACCUUAAUAAUUGGAAGGGCGAGCCCAUUGUGGUCUUGUUUAUAGUAGACCAUUAUAAUUUUGGAUUGACCUGGGAAGUGUCAAGACUUAGAAAUUAACAUUAAAUUCAAAAUUACAAAUUGUAGGAAUUUUUUGUCUACUAAACAUUAUUUUUAUUAUUAAUUUUUCUGUGGGACUGAUCUUUGUGGUCAUAAAACUAGUGAAACUAGUCAUUAUCGAUUUUAUUUGCCUAAUUAUAAAAUAUAUAUAUACAUAUUGUUUAAUUUGCCAUUAAUUCUAGUAUGUAGGACUCUUGUAGCCACCAUCAGAAUGGUGUGCUUCAGAUUAAAUUUCAAUAAACUGAUUUUACUGUGCAGUGUGUGGAAUCCACUGUAAUACGAAUCUGAAUUAAAUUAUUCAUGUAACUAAAGAUCCUUAUCUCCUACUAUUUUAGAAAAUAAUUAUCGUGAUCUUUAAUUCUAAUAUACACUGUUUUGUCUCCUGGUGUAUUAUAUUUUUUCAAUACCAAAAAUCGCUUAAGCAUUUACAAGAAAACUUAUUUCAUGUGGAAUUGAAUUAGUAGUGUUUGUUGCAUGUUACCAUUAUAUUUUAAAUAGUAAAAUUGUACUCGAAAGGAUUGUAAUGAGUUGAACUUUUUCCGGAACCAUUAAUAUUGGACAUUGGUUAAACAAUAUUAUGUCACAUACUACAGUAAAAUUAAUCACUGUGAGAAAUUAUAGGUGUACAAAAAAUGAAUUAAAAAACUAUCUGACAUUUCAUUUUGUUAUGAUAAUAUAUUAGAUUUCAAUGUUUAUUUUGUACUAUUUUAGAUAUAGUUUAUUAUAUGCUUUUGGUAUAUGAAAUUGUGCAUGCUGAUUUAAAAGGCAACACAGCACUCAAUAGCAUUGCAUAUAUGGACCGUUUAUUUUGAAAGUGGCGUAAGUCCAUUUUCUUUUGUUACAGGCAAAUACAGGCAAAU